AUGGCGGCCAACGCUGCAGCUUCAGAGAGCUCGGUGAGGAAGAGGCGCGUGGACAGCAGGAGGACGGAGACGGAGAGAGUCCCUGGCGGCUCUUCAGACGGAACUGCCACCAAUGGAGACUCGGAGAAGAAGCAGUUCGUGUCCUUACAACCCGGAACUUACUGGCUCACUCGUAUUGUGCUGCUGCGCUCAGUCUCUUUCAUUUACUUUGUGGCCUUCAUGGUUGCCUACAACCAGAACAAGCAGCUGAUUGGAGAGAAUGGGCUAAUGCCUUGCAAGAACUACCUGAACAGCGUCAAGCGCUACGUCGGAGGAAGGAUCGGCACGUCGGCCCUGGCAUACGCACCUUCUGUCCUCUGGUUCUUGGACUGGACCAGCAUGGACGCCAACCUUGACUGCAUUGCCUUGGUUGGGGUGGUGUUGUCAGGGUUCGUCCUGGUGACAGGGAUGGCCAAUAUGGUGAUCAUGGUGACUCUGUGGGUGCUUUACCACUCCUUGGUCAAUGUGGGACAGCUGUGGUACUCCUUUGGUUGGGAGAGCCAGCUGUUGGAGACGGGCUUCCUGGCUGUCUUCCUGUGUCCGGUGUGGACUCUGUCCCAGGUUCCCAGCAGCUGUCCCCCCUCCCUCGUCUGCAUCUGGACCUUCAGGUGGCUCAUCGUUCGCAUCAUGCUGGGAGCCGGCCUCAUUAAAAUCAGAGGAGACCAGUGCUGGAGAGACCUGACCUGCAUGGACUACCACUAUGAGACCCAGCCAGUGCCAAACCCCGUGUCCUACUACCUGCACUGCUCUCCGUGGUGGUUCCACCGCUUCGAGACUCUGUCCAACCACUUCGUUGAGCUCAUCGCUCCCUUCUUCACCUUCCUGGGCCGCCGGCUGUGCAUGGUGAACGGAGCCAUCCAAAUUCUCUUUCAGGUGGUCUUGAUCAUCAGCGGGAACCUGAGUUUCCUCAACUGGCUGACCAUUGUUCCUAGUUUGGCCUGCUUCGACGACGCAUCUCUAAGCUUUCUGUUUCGCUGCGGCUCCAGAGCUAAGGAGGCGGCGCUGGAGAUCCAGAAGAAGGAGGUGACUGGACAAGUCCCCAAACCCACAAAAGGCAUGUUGAUACGGCGGGUGGUGAACAUUUCUUUGGGUGUUCUCAUUGGCGUCCUGAGCGUGCCAGUGGUGAUGAACCUGUUGAGUCCGCGGCAGGUGAUGAACACUUCCUUCGACCCGUUGCGCAUCGUCAACACCUACGGGGCUUUUGGAAGCAUCACCAAAGAACGGACUGAGGUGAUCUUCCAGGGAACUCUGAGCCCAGAUCCCAAAGACCCUGAGGCGGUUUGGGAGGAGUACCAGUUCAGGUGUAAGCCAGGAGAUGUGUACCGACGGCCCUGCCUCAUAUCGCCCUACCACUACCGGCUGGACUGGCUCAUGUGGUUCGCUGCCUUCCAGACCUACGAGCAGAGCGAGUGGGUCAUCCACGUAGCAGGACGCCUGCUGGCCAACGACAGCACCGUCCUCUCGCUGCUCGACCACAACCCCUUCCAAGGCAGAGACCCCCCCAGAUGGGUUCGAGGAGAACACUUCAGGUACAAAUUCUCUCAGCCGGGCAGCGCCAGCGCAGCGCAGGGCAAAUGGUGGCUGAGAAAACGCAUCGGAGCCUACUUCCCUGCUGUAGACCUGGAAGGACUCAGAGGCUACUUCCAGUCCAGGAACUGGCCUCACCCACACAUCCCACCAAGCAGGAGCUGAAGUCACUUCAAAGCAGUUUGGAACCAAGGUUACACUCUAUGCAGAUGACAUCAGGUUUCUCAAGAACUGCUUGAUAAAACGUCUCUUUACUCAGAACACCAGUACAACCAUUCCCAAUCAUUGUGAAGGUUUUGAAGCUCUCGGUUUUAAACGAUUAAGCUCUAAAAACAUGCUGAGGACACCUGAACGUAAACGUACUAACCGGUUAGUGGUCAACUUGAUUAAUUUUCUCACCAAGUCUUUUUGGCUUCCUACAUGUGUUUUUUUUUUUUUUAACUAGCUUUAGCUUAGCUGGAUUUUGAGAGCUGAGCCACAUUAGCAUGCUAUCUGGGACCGGAAUACAGUGUCAAAACAAGCUCACUUUCACUUUAGCACAUGUCAAAAUAGCAAAAAGAAAAAGAAAAACACUAAGGAGGUCUUCUUUGUCAAGACAUUUUCAAAUCUAAAUAUUUUUCUUUAAAAAAAAUCACAAAUAGGGGUGCUGUGGUGGCGCAGGGGCAAUGCAUGACCCACGUAUUGAGGCCUGCGGUGGUCGCAGGUUCGAUUCCCAGUCUGGCGAUAUUUGCCGCACGUCUUCCCCCUUUCUCAUUACCCACUUUCCGGUCAGACUACUUUCAAAUAAAGGCCACUAGAGCCAACAAAAAAAAAUCUCAAAUUCACAGGAGAAACACUUGAUAGACUAAAAAACCUAUUUUGAAUACAUUUGGACAAAAUAGUGUUUAAGGAAAGCAGAUGGGCAAAAUUAUUUUCUCUGAUGAAACAUCCUUUUAUUAAUGGGGAACAGCUGAGAAAUUAUUCAUCUUCCUCUGAGAUUUACUUUUUCUUCUUCUCAAGCUCUUCCAUUAAUAAAGAGUGAGAUCACAACAAAAUGGGAAAAGUAUGUUUCCAAGAGCCUUCCCAGAUCAGAACAAUUUUGAAAAUGUGUUGUCAACAGCAGGUUAACCGAAAAUAUCCAACAAACCUGAUCAACUCUGAGCUCCGAUGACAAGAAUGGGUCAUUAUAAAUCAAUAGUUGGUCCAGAACCUGCAGCAGGGAAAACUUGGAGUUUUAAAGAAGAAACAUAAACACUGUAAGUGUAAAUUAUUUGCAUAAAUUUUAAUAAUUGACACAUGAAAUUCUUAAAACGUUUAAAAAGUUUGAAUCAUCCACCAUUGAUCCACAGAGACAUGGAGAAGAAACUAAAAAGCCACAGAACAGACAGCGCAAUACCAAAGAAAGACCAGCAGAUGGUGCUGUUACUCCAAACAUCCAGUCUUAUCUGACCCCAGCUGAACCUCUAGAGAUAAAAAUAUGUGCUUAGAAUAUUUUUCAGGAACAGCUCAAGUACAACCAUGGGUGUCAUAAACUGGAAGAUGUUGGACAACCAAUUUUGGACUUCUUAACCUGGAUGAGAAAAAGAACGAGAUGGAUGUGAAUGCAACUGUAAAGCACGGUUGGGGAGCUUCAUGCUGAGGAAUUGUUUCACUGGGGUUUAAUUACAAAAAAAUAAAAGAAUUGACAGUGGACUUUGUUGAAUCCUCUUCAUUCCUUGUCCUCCCUCCCUUAGUUUGGUCCUUCUUAACUCUUUCUGUUGCUUUUCUUUUUACCUUCCAAAAAGAAAGCCAACAACAUAUAUUUCUGUCCUUGCCUUGUAUCUUUUCCUCCCUAUUUCCUUGUGUCCUUCUCCUUUCCUUCAUUGCGUCCUACCACUGUUCUUCCUUUCUCCCUUGUGUCUUCCUUCCUUCCUAAUUAUUCCUUGUGCCACCUCCUUCCCCUUGUGGCAUGCCUUGUUUCUUCUAUGUGCCCUCUCUUUUUGAUGCCCUUAUAUCCUUACUUCCUUCUUUUCCUCUCCUUCAUUUUUCCCGUUAUUCCUUCUUUGUAUCCGUUUCUUCUCCUUGCAUUCCUACCACCCUUCAUUCGAUCCUGCCUUUCUUCUACCCUUGCAUCUUUGUUCUACCUCUCUUCCUUACAUUAUUUCUCCCCUCCCCUCCAUUAAUGGCCCUUCUUUUUGUCCUUCCUUUGGAUCCCCGUUCCUUCCUUGCACAAACAUUUAUCGUGUAUUUAUAGAGAUUUUAUAUUUUAUGGUGAAUGCAUAGACUGUGAUUUCUGGAAAGUUGACUUCACCCUGAGCUUAACAAAUCAUGUCUGUCCAGAUAACAGAUAAAUGUGUCUUUUGUGGUAAAGGUGUUACAGCAUGAUGAAUAAAUUCCCCGGAGAAUGAAAA